GUUGGACAAUAUGUAAGCUGGAACCAUCGACCUCUACCUCGGAUGUAUUCAAAAGCGAAAUAUUUCAAGCACGGACGAGACGACGCCAUCUUCAUGUACUCUGCCAUCGCCAACUACCACCUGCCCGUAAACGGCGCCAUUAACAUCAUUAUCACAACACUGGACGCCUCCACGUCCCCACUGCGAUGUUGUGUGUUGCUAGACAACGACACUUUGUACUUCAUCCCCUCACAGACACAUUUCUUCUACCACACCAUUGACGUGACCUUUGUGGCCAACAUUGUGGAAUUUUUCUACCCGAAAAUCCUCAAGGCUCACCAGUUCUCCUGCGUGGUCCCGGAGACGGGACGAUACGUCGGACAUGUGACGCUAACGUCGUCUGCGUGUUCUACCGAUUUCAGAGACUACCUUCCUGUUCUGUACCCCCAAAGGGUCCCAGGUGGACUGGCUAUCUGUGCCAAGGUAGCGCACAGCGCUGGACUAGAUCCCGAGAGGAUCAUAGAGUGGUUUGAGCUCCAGAGGAUGCUCGGCGUCGACAAAGUUCUUAUUUACAAUCUGGGUGUCCCUGAAAGGGUCCGCAGGGUGUUUCGGUUCUAUCAGGAAAUCGGGGUGCUAGAUUUGCAACCUUACGAGCUGCCCGGUGAUCCGGCGAACAGAACGCUGAUGGAGAAGGAGAAGAGGCGGAUGCAGUUCCACCAUGACGAGAGCAUGGCGGUUCUGGAGUGUCGCCAGAGGAUGGCUGGAUACUCUUACGUCAUAAGUCAUGAUCUAGACGAGUUCAUUAUCCCCAGGAGGGAUCUUGACCUCAAGGAAUUCUUCAAGGUAAGUGUCCAGUUACUGAUCCUCACCAUGAGUGCACCAAGUUCGUGUUUCUUGCCGUCCCGUACCCUCUCCAUCACCACACACAAUAUAUUUCCUCUACCCACAUAUACCACGUGA